UAUACUUAGACCUUUGAUCUAACUAGUUCUUAAAAACGCACACCUUGUAGCACCUGUAGAAAACCUCUUCAAUUGGACUUUUAUAUGUCUACAUCUGGCAAUGACAAUAAUCAGCCACUCAGCAUUUUGGACACUGUAUCACACUUCAUCGACAAUUAUCUGAGGGUGUUUCGUCUCUUGCCAUGGUUGCUGGCCGGUUCUGGGGUGUUGCUUGUAUACAGGCACUCAAGAGGUCCCAUGCGGAGGUUCUUCAAAGCAACUGACGUUCCCCAGUCGUGUAUAGAGUCCCAUGUGCCAUUGAGAGGAGUAGUGGUUCGUGUGUGUACUGAGAGUGUGUGUGUGUGGCAUGUUCCUAUCUGGAGCCGAUGGUUCAAGCCGCCCUCCCCUUCGUCAGUUGAGAAGUGUGAUCUGAUUCAGCUGAGGCUUGCUGGAGUGAGUCCCUACCCUGCCAGUGAGCAAUGGCUACAACAGCGUCUGUGUGGGAGGAAGGUCACCUUUGUACCUCUCUCACUGUGCGGAGAUCACCUCUACAGCACUCUCUACACAAGAAUUGGUUGGAGGCGUGUGUGUGUUAACACGGAGUUGGUUGCCAAGCGACUUGCUGGUCUAGAUCAACUGGACACCCUCCCAACAUCUUCGGAGGGUCUUUUGUUAACUCAGAAACUGUUGGCCAGUGAAAUAAAGGCAAGGAAAUGGAGGCCUUGGUGAAAUUGAGCUAUCAAAGGAUGGUCAUCACUCCCCAAGAGGGGGGGGAGGUUCAAACUCUGUACCACAGAGGGGCAAACAUGGCUGAGCAAAAUGAACGUUAUAGCUAAGCCAUCACAACAAACUUUUCAUCUUAUGUCGCUGAAUUACACAUUGAUCUCUUUGCAUAAUUAUUAAUUAAAACACGACUAUAAAUAUUACUUGAGGUUAUGAGUUUGUUGCUUCA